AUGACCUGCUCUGACGCUAUUGCCCUCGAUAUAGAGAACUCCACGGAAGACUUCCGAAACAGCCAACAUCAUCAGAACUCCGACGAGAUUUCUGUGACUAAUGAAGAUGAUCGCGACCUCUUAAAGCUUGGCUACCGGUCUAUCCUGGCCAGAGGCUGGGGCUCCUUCGACAAUUUCGCCUGCUCUUUCUCAGCUUUGAACUGUGUUGGGGGAAUCCGUGUGCUUUUCUAUAUCGCCCUCAGUGGAGGCGGACCGGCUGCCAUCUGGAGCUCCUGGGUCUCCGGUAGCAUACUGUCCGUCAUCACAGCCGCCUGUCUCGCUGAAGCUUGUUCAAGCUACCCCGCCGCGGGGUCGAUUUACUACUGGGCAUUCCGAUCUUGGGGCGGUGGUAAACUGGGCCGCUUCAUCUCCUUCCUAGUUGCCGCAUGGACAUUGGUGGCCUGGACCGCCUUCCUCGCGAGUGAUUCGUUCGGUGUUGCCAACUACCUGAUUUCGGAGAUCGUCGUGUUUGACCCAAAGACAAGCUUUCCAUAUGAAACGGCUGACGUCCGAGCGCGUGCCGUGGCAUGGGCCAUCUCGCUUCUUUUCCUGGCCAUUGCUACCACACUUAAUUUCCUACCUCCGCGAAUGUACUCCUGGGUAUUCAGAGCGGGUGUGACAGUCAUCAUCAUCGAUAUGCUACUCAACUUCAUCUGGCUGCCCAUCGGCGUGUCUAACACGUACGGCUUUCAGUCCGCCGAAUAUGUGUUUACGUCUACAUACAAUGGUGGGGACACCAGUCCCGGACUGAACUGGGUUUUAUCCUGGUAUCUGGUCGGUAGUUGUCUCGUGGGUCAGGAUGCUUCGGGCCAUGUCGCCGAAGAGACGGUUUCGGCCAAAAAAGGCCGCCGCGAAGGCGUACCCCAGCCGUUCAUCAACAUGUACGCGAUGGCCCUCGGUCCUCAUGCGCACGUUGUGAUGACCAUUGUCGCGAUGGUCGGAGCAAUUCUCAACACUUCGAUUUCAUUGGUUGCUGUAUCACGACUUGUGUUCGCCGUGGCACGCGACGGUGUGUUUCCGUUCAGCGAUGUGCUGUCGCGUGUGUCGAAGUCGAAGCAGCCCCACAACGCUGUCAUCCUCAUCUCCGGUAUUGCUGCACUUCUCCUCUGCACUCAGCUCCCGUCGCAAGUGGCCUUCUCCAGCUUAAUCUCUACCUCGGCUGCAGGUUCCCUCGCAGCAUAUGGAUUGGUUGGAAUCGGCCGCUCGUUCAUUACACGUAAGUCGUUCCGUCCAGGCUUUUGGGAUUUGGGCCGGUUUGGCAUAGUCGCCGCCGUUGUUACAUUCUUGUGGAACGGGUUUGCUUUUGCUGUUCUGUGCGCCCCGGCCUACUCGGACAGCGCAAUUGACGAGGAUUCAACUUUGUUCAACUACGCGAUUGUGAUCAUGGGCGGUGUGACUAUCAUCGCGAUUGUCGAGUGGUGGCGCAAGUCCAAUGGCGAUUGGUUUGGGCAUCUUAAAAUCGUUGACUCGGAGACCGAGAUAAAGUACUCUAUUGGAUCUGAGGAGAGAAAGAAUGCUUCGGUGGAUACGACUACUCUUUGA